AUGAAUGAAUCUCAAAUUCUAGCGUUUGGAACAACGCUUGAAGAAAUUGCAGAUCGAUUUGAUACUCUAGGCAUAGAUGCCAAUAGAAACUGGGAUGACAAAAGGCCACGUACUAGAAAUGAUGUAGCUCACAAGCAGUCUAUCGGCAAACUUAUUCCUGCAAAUGGGCACAGACAACAGUGCUGCCGGUUCUCCAUCAUUGAGAUGAAAGAAGCCACCUUUAACUUUGAUGAGCAAUUCAUUAUUGGAUCAGGAGGAUUUGGCCACGUCUACAAAGGUUUCAUCGAUGGUGGCUCGACCACAGUUGCAAUCAAAAGGUUAGAUUCAUCAUCAAGGCAAGGGACCCGUGAGUUCCAAACUGAACUCGAGCUGCUCUCCAAGCUGCGCCAUGUUAAUCUUGUGUCCUUGAUUGGUUUCUGUGAUGAUCAUGGCGAGAUGAUUCUUGUCUAUGAAUACAUGUCGCGUGGGACCCUUCGUGAUUAUCUCUACAAAACCAAAAACCCUCCUUUGCCGUGGAAAAGGAGGUUGGAAAUCUGCAUUGGAGCCGCCCGUGGAUUGCAUUACCUCCAUUCAGGUGUGAAAUACCCAAUCAUUCACCGUGAUGUCAAAUCUACCAACAUAUUAUUGGAUGAGAAUUGGGUAGCCAAGGUUUCUGACUUUGGCUUGUCCAGGGUGGGUCCCACGGACCUUUGUCAGAGCCACGUCAGCACUGUGGUAAAGGGGAGUAUCGGAUACGUUGAUCCUGAAUACUAUCGCAGGCAGCAGUUGACUCAGAAAUCUGAUGUUUACUCAUUUGGUGUGGUUUUAUUUGAGGCAUUAUGUGCUCGACCGUCUAUGAUUCCAGGGCUUCCAAAGGAUCAAGUGAGCUUGGCUCGGUGGGCCAGGAUUUGCCAUGCAAGAGGAACCCUCGAGGAAAUCAUGGACCCAAUUUUGGUGGGGGAUAUUACACCUUUGUGCCUAAAGAAAUUUGGUGAGCUUGCGGGAAGUUGUAUCCGUGAUGAAGGAAUAGAGCGGCCAAUGAUGAGUGAUGUGGUUUGGGGUUUAGAAUUUGCACUGCAAAUCCAAGAGGCAACUGAGAGGAACAUGAUGAACAGGGAAGAUGAGCAGGUCAUCUCUAGCCAAACGAGUCCUUUGAUCUCGCAAGGAGGACGAGUCACCACCACAGAUGAUGAUGACUUGUUUAGCGUUUCAAGUGGGCAAGUGCCUGAAUCAAGGAGCACGAUUAGUAGUGGCGGAAGGAGUGCUAAUCGAAGUGACAUUCAUAGGAUGAGCUCUGAGAAUGUCUUCUCUGAGAUUAUGAAUGCAAAAGGGGGAUGAGAUUUCUUUUUUUCUUUUUUAACUAAUAUUCCAACAAGGUGCUACACGUGUAAUAUUUUUAUAUUCAAGUAUUAUUAAAAAUAAUGUUAAAGUAAUGUAUAUAAAUAAUAUUUUAAUUUGACUUUUGGUUA